CACCAGAGGACGACGACGAGUGAGAAGAAAAAAAAAAAGCAAACUUUGGCCUAUGAUGAAGCUUCUUCGUUUAUCGACUGAGAGUCCAGAUUCAAAGAAAGGAAAAAAAAAAGAAAAAAAAAAAGAAGAAGCUUUCUUUCUCUGUUGUGAAUUGAGAUUCUCGGCUCAAGUUGUUUACAGCUUAGUACUUGAAGAAGGUUUGUUUUGCAAAGGGAACUUCACAGAACAUCACACUAAGAAGCAACAGUAGCUUCGUUUCUUCCUUGGUUUUUCGUUGAUCGGGUUUUACUGAACCUUAUCUCGACAUGGGUUACUAUAACAAUGUCUUUGAUGAAUGCAACGAUCAAACUGAUAUUGGUCGAGUUCUACGCGAUGGAAGGGAAGUCAUUCUCCAGGCUUAUAAUUGGGAAUCUCACAAACAUGAUUGGUGGAGAAACUUGGACGGGAAAGUUCCUGACAUCGCAAAAUCUGGCUUUACUUCUGCAUGGUUGCCACCACCAUCUCAGUCUCUUGCACCAGAAGGUUAUCUUCCACAGGACCUUUAUUCACUAAACUCAGCGUAUGGCUCUGAGCAUCUAUUGAAAUCUUUACUUCGUAAGAUGAAACAGUACAAAGUUAGAGCUAUGGCUGAUAUAGUUAUCAAUCAUCGUAUUGGGACAACGAUAGGACAUGGUGGAAUGUAUAACCGUUAUGAUGGAUCUUCAUUACCGUGGGAUGAACAUGCUGUGACUUCUUGUACCGGAGGACUGGGUAACCGAAGCACCGGGGCAAAUUUCAAUGGUGUUCCAAAUGUUGAUCACACUCAGCAUUUUGUUAGGAAAGAUAUCAUCGGGUGGCUUCGUUGGCUGCGCAACACUGUCGGGUUUCAAGAUUUCCGUUUUGACUUUGCUAGGGGUUACUCAGCAAACUAUGUGAAGGAAUACAUUGGAGCAGCGAAGCCGUUAUUCUCGGUUGGAGAAUGUUGGGAUUCUUGCAAAUACAAUGGCCAUGGUCUAGACUAUAAUCAAGAUAGCCAUAGACAGCGCAUAAUCAAUUGGAUCGAUUCCACAGGACAGAUUUCUGCUGCAUUUGACUUCACAACUAAAGGAAUUCUUCAGGAAGCCGUAAAGGGUCAGUAUUGGCGUUUAUGUGAUGCUCAAGGGAAGCCACCGGGUGUAGUGGGAUGGUGGCCUUCAAGAGCUGUUACAUUCCUUGAUAACCAUGACACUGGCUCUUCUCAGGCUCAUUGGCCGUUCCCUUCACACCACAUUAUGGAGGGCUAUGCAUAUAUACUUACUCAUCCCGGCAUCCCCUCUGUAUUCUACGAUCACUUUUACAAUUGGGGAAGCUCAAUCCAUGAUCAGAUUGUCAAACUGAUUGACAUUAGGAGGCGACAUGAUAUCCACAGUAGGUCAACGGUCCGCAUUUUAAAAGCUGAAUCUAACUUAUACGCUGCCAUUGCUGGUGAGAAACUGUGUAUGAAGCUCGGAGAUGGCUCUUGGUGCCCUUCUGGUAGAGACUGGACUCUAGCAACAAGUGGCCAUCGCUAUGCCGUCUGGAUCAAGUAAUCUUGCUGUAUCUAUCUAGACCAAACCUUCGUAUCGGUGUCAAAGGUUCUGGUCUUCAGAGUUCCAGUAAUAUAUGUAAUUCAUUUUCUGUACGGGGUUUUACAAUAAUGUCAAGCACUUACGUCUUCAUGACGUAAGAUUUUCUAAGCUGUAUUCCUAUGCAAGUGUUAAAUUUGCAUUUUGUGUGAAUUUUUUAGUUAACGUUUUAUAUACAAAACUGUAUUGCGUGGUGAGAAAGAGUAAUGGAGACUAUAGUAGAAAGGGUUUUACACUUUUCUAUGAGAAGUAA